AUGCGAGCCAUCAUCAUUGCUAUCAUCAUCAUCACCAACCACACCAUCGUCAUCACUGCCAUCAUCACCUUCUUCAUCACCAUCACCAUCAUCAUCAUUACUGGGUGUGUCAGCAGCACAAAGCCCGUUGCCACAUCCCCAGGCCUGGGAAAUCCAGCAACAGAACUCGCUGUCCAGAACGUGGACCAAAGCGAGUCCACCGGCUGCAGCAAGCGCAGAGUGACCGAGGAGGAGGAGGAGUCCUUUGCCAACGAGGACAGCAAAAAGAGCAGAAUAGAUGUAGGGGGUGCAGGGGAAGAGCGAGCCUUGGAAAGGCCCCAGGAAGCCCUGCGAACCCAGGCACGCGUACAGGGCAAGCCCCAGGAGCCCACGGGAACGAAGACCUCCAGGGAGCCAGGCCCGGGAAGCCCACUGGAUGACAUCCUGGCUCCCGCUGCCCCGUUCGAUCAUCGCAUUGUGACAGCCAAGCAGGCGGCCGUCAACAGUUUCUAUACUGUGAGCAAGACAGAGGUUUUAGGAGGGGGGCGUUUUGGCCAGGUCCACAAGUGCGAAGAGAAAGCAACAGGCCUGAAGCUGGCCGCCAAAAUCAUUAAGACCAGAGGCGUGAAGGACAAGGAGGAAGUGAAGAACGAGAUCAACGUCAUGAACCAGCUGGACCACGUGAACCUCAUUCAGCUCUACGAUGCCUUCGAGUCCAAGAAUGACAUCGUCCUGGUCCUGGAGUACGUGGAUGGUGGGGAGCUGUUUGACCGCAUCAUUGAUGACAACUACAACCUGACAGAGCUGGACACCAUCCUGUUUGUCAAGCAGAUAUGUGAGGGCAUCAGGCACAUGCAUCAGAUGUACAUUCUGCACUUGGACCUGAAGCCUGAGAACAUCCUGUGUGUGAAUCGGGAUGCUAAGCAAAUAAAAAUUAUUGAUUUUGGAUUGGCAAGAAGAUACAAACCCAGGGAGAAGCUCAAGGUGAACUUUGGGACCCCAGAAUUUCUCGCCCCCGAAGUCGUGAACUAUGAUUUUGUUUCCUUCCCCACGGACAUGUGGAGCGUGGGAGUCAUCGCCUACAUGUUACUCAGCGGUCUGUCGCCUUUCCUGGGAGACAAUGACGCGGAGACGCUGAACAACAUCCUGGCCUGCAGGUGGGACCUGGAGGACGAGGAGUUCCAGGACAUCUCUGAGGAGGCGCGGGAGUUCAUCUCCAAGCUUCUGAUCAAGGAGAAGAGUUGGAGGAUAAGUGCGAGUGAAGCUCUCAAGCACCCUUGGUUGGCAGACCACAAGCUCCACGCCAGACUCAGUGCCCAGGUGACCACACCUUCUUUCUCCUCUUCUUUCCCUGUCUUUUGA